AUGAAUGAUGGAUUGAGGCUGAUNAGUGGUACUACAAUAAUUUUUAAAGGAAUCAUAAGAUUUGACUACGCAGAAUGGGAAGACGAUCUCAUUGUGGUCUCAGGCUCAAACAUCACUGUCAUAGGAGAACCUGGACAUCAAUUCGAUUGUCAUGGUGAAAGGUGGUGGGACGGAAAAGGUGGAAAUGGUGGCAAACUAAAACCGAAAUUUUUCCGCACGACCGACUUAAGCGAUUCGUCUAUCAUAGGGCUGAAUGUUAGAAAUACCCCGAAACAGGUUUUUUCCGUUAACCACUGUAAUCAUGUCGUGUUUUCGGACAUCAUAAUAGAUAAUGUGGACGGGGAUACAAGGGGUGGGCAUAAUACUGAUGGUUUUGAUUUGAACGAAAAUAAUGAUAUAACGAUUCAAAACAGUCAAAUUUUUAAUCAAGACGAUUGUUUCGCGAUCGGUUCGGGAACAAAUUGUAAUUUUUUUUACAACUACUGUUCCGGUGGUCAUGGAAUAUCCAUCGGUUCAGUUGGUGGCCGCAGAAGCAACGUAGUGCAAAAUGUUCACGUUAAAAAUUGCACUGUGGUAAACUCGGUAAACGGAAUUCGGAUUAAAACGAUUGUUAACGCAACAGGCCAAGUACUUGACAUCAAGUAUGAAGGUAUAAUUUUGGAAAACAUUACUAAUUAUGGUAUAGUGGUACGAGGCGACUAUCUGAAUGGCGGACCCACUGGGCAUCCCUCAAGGGGAGUUCCUAUUAGAAAUUUUACUCUGGAUAAUGUUCACGGCUGGGUACAACAACGUGCUGUCAAUGUCUUCGUACUUCUUGCAGAAGGUGUAGCGUCAGAUUGGAAAUGGACAGAUGUCAAAGUCACAGGCAGCAGACGUAGCAACAUCUCGUGUACUGGAGUCCCACCAAAUUCAGGAGUUCAAUGUUAAACAAAAUUAUAUUAUACUUAUACGUAUAUGUAUAAAUAGCAAAUAAAUAUUUUCUGAAUGUUUCAAAAUACGAUCCA